CUCGCCGGUUUGGCGGGGUGAAAGGUUGCGAAGAUGGCGACGGCCUUGAGCGAGGAGGAGCUGGACAAUGAAGACUAUUACUCACUGCUGAACGUGCGCAGGGAGGCCUCUUCUGAAGAGCUGAAGGCUGCCUACCGGAGGCUGUGUAUGCUCUACCAUCCGGACAAGCACAGGGACCCGGAGCUCAAAUCACAGGCAGAACGGCUGUUUAACCUUGUUCACCAGGCCUAUGAAGUGCUUAGCGAUCCCCAAACAAGGGCCAUCUAUGACAUAUAUGGGAAGAGAGGCCUGGAGAUGGAAGGAUGGGAGGUGGUGGAGAGAAAGAGAACUCCAGCCGAGAUCAGAGAGGAGUUUGAGAGGCUCCAGAGAGAGCGGGAAGAGCGGAGACUGCAGCAGCGAACCAACCCCAAGGGAACCAUCAGCGUUGGAGUCGAUGCCACUGACCUUUUUGAUCGCUAUGAUGAGGACUAUGAAGAUGUGUCCGGAAGUGGCUUUCCACAGAUUGAGAUUAAUAAAAUGCACAUAUCCCAGUCCAUUGAGGCACCCUUGACAGCUACAGACACAGCCAUCCUCUCCGGAAGUCUCUCCACCCAGAAUGGCAAUGGUGGCGGUUCCAUUAACUUUGCACUCCGGCGGGUCACUUCUGCAAAGGGGUGGGGAGAGUUGGAGUUUGGAGCUGGAGACCUCCAGGGGCCUUUAUUUGGUCUCAAGCUGUUCCGUAAUCUCACACCAAGAUGCUUUGUGACGACAAACUGUGCUCUGCAGUUUUCAUCCCGUGGGAUCCGGCCUGGCCUUACCACUGUCCUAGCUCGGAACCUGGACAAGAACACCGUGGGCUACCUGCAGUGGCGAUGGGGCAUCCAGUCAGCCAUGAAUACGAGCAUCGUCCGGGACACCAAGACUUGCCACUUCACUGUGGCCUUGCAGCUGGGGAUCCCGCACUCGUUUGCACUGAUCAGCUAUCAGCACAAGUUCCAGGAUGAUGACCAGACCCGGGUGAAAGGGUCCCUCAAGGCAGGCUUCUUUGGGACAAUAGUGGAGUAUGGAGCUGAGAGGAAGAUCUCCCGACACAGCGUCUUGGGUGCUGCUGUGAGCAUUGGUGUUCCGCAGGGUGUGUCUCUCAAAGUCAAGCUGAACAGGGCCAGUCAGACCUACUUCUUCCCGAUCCACCUGACGGACCAGCUGCUCCCCAGUGCUGUCUUCUACGCCACCGUGGGGCCACUGGUGAUCUACUUGGCAAUGCACCGUUUGAUCAUCAAACCAUACCUCAGGGCUCAGAAAGAGAAGGAACUGGAAAAGCAAAGGGAGAGCACAGCCAGUGACGUCCUGCAGAAGAAGCAAGAGGCAGAAGCUGCUGUGCGGCUGAUGCAGGAGUCUGUCCGGAGAAUAAUCGAAGCAGAAGAGUCCAGAAUGGGGCUCAUCAUCGUGAAUGCCUGGUAUGGGAAGUUCGUCAACGACAAGAGCAGGAAGAAUGAGAGGGUGAAGGUGAUUGACGUGACCGUGCCGUUGCAGUGCCUGGUGAAGGACUCCAAGCUCAUCCUCACCGAGGCCUCCAAGGCUGGGCUGCCAGGGUUCUAUGACCCGUGUGUUGGGGAGGAGAAGAGCCUGCGAGUGCUGUACCAGUUCCGAGGCGUGCUGCACCAGGUGAUGGUGCCUGACAGUGAGGCCCUGAGGAUACCAAAGCAGUCUCACAGGAUCGACACAGACGGAUAAACUACUGGGAACCCUGAGUAAAAAGGCUACAAAAUACUUUCCGGGGAGUCUACAACUUUGGAGCAGGGAAACCCAGACAUGAGAUGUUUUUUGUUUAUCCCUCAAGAAGGUGGCGCUGUAUCAAUUAUGUGUUGGGACAUGCAGACAGCCUAGCCUCGUGGGUGCUGUGGGUGAGGACUGCAGAGCCCCACCCUGGCCAGACCACAGCAUGGCCACAUCUUUCCCAAGGAUCAUGUUCCUGGAGGACAGUGCCUGAACCGACUCUUGAGGUCACCCCCGCCCGGUCCUCAUGAGUGGCCGUGCACAGCCGCUCUCGGGAGGCAUUUGGGACAUCCUCACACAUGGACUGUUCUUCCUGAAGUCCACGCUGCACCUGGGAAACAUGAAAAGGAAGGUGUGUCGCGUGCUGCUCAGUAGACUCCCACAAGCCACCUUUCUCUUCUAGAACAUUAUACAGUGGACUGGAGAGGACUGUGGGUUUAUAAAACUGCUUUUUAUCCGAGAACAACAGGUUUGGAGACUAGUCUCUUUCUUCCCCUUCCAGAGCUUCUCAAAUCAUUCCUCCAGGCCCUGGCUUGGGACAGAGAGGGGAGACCCCAGGUCCCAGGGUACACUGUCCAGGCAUACUGCCCACAGUGCUAAAGAAAGAUCCUGCUGCCAGUGGCCCCUGCACCCCACCCACAAGACAUCUGCCUUGCAAAGCUCUAUAGGGCGGCGCUGGAAGGAGGGGACCUUUGCAGGUAGUGGGGGCACAAGUUUGCCAAUUCCUGGGUGGGCCCAAGGCUGGCCCAGGUACCUGAACCUCUAGUGAGCACCCAGCAGGCAGUGCUGUUGCUUACCAGGCCAGGCUCUCACAAGGUUCCUCCUAAGGAGCCUCAGUUCCCAGACCCCUUCUAGUGCAUUGCACACUUGGUGGCUGUCAUUGCAAGCUCUACCCUCUGAGCAGGUGUGACAGCGGCGGUGACUCUGACUCUGGUCCCCCAGCAGUAACUGCUGAAGGCAGACACUGCCUUACUAUCCUCACAACCCUUCGGUUUUUAAGAACAUUCAGUUCUGUAAUAUUUAUCUCCGUUUUUUGGUUGUUGUUUUUUUUUUUUUUAAGAGGCUUUUUCUUUGCCCCAGACUGGUGUGCGGUUUGCACUAUUGCAUGAGCCCGACUCAGUGGCCUGUGGCUCCCUGGGCACCGCUGCCCCUUCUGUGUGAAGCUGACUGUGGCGGCACUGCCCAACAAUAAACCUGACCUGAAAGCUG